AUGUGGGCCGCGCUGUGGAGCUGGGUUCUCCUGGGGCUCACAGGAGUGCCGCAGGCAUAUGCUGCUGUCCCAUUUAAAGUCAUUGUAUAUCCAUGUCCAGAAUAUACCUUCAUGGUGCGAUUGGUGGAUGAAAACACACACACACACAUCUGCUCAGGAGUCCUUGUUGCUGGAGACAUGGUGGUGACCACUGCAUCAUGUUUGAGAGGUCGCAGGUUUCCCCAUGUCACAGUUGGCAGUGGGUGUUGUCAUGAUGGCAGCCCUCCAGAGUUGAUGAAGAUUUGCCAGUCAAGAAUCCAUGAAAGCUUUUCUGGCAGUGCAGAAAAUGGUGGUGACAUCGCACUCUUAUUUCUUAAAAAAGCGCUGCAACAUGCAAAACCGAUCACAGGAAUGAGAUCCAUACUGGAAUGCCCCAGCGAUGCAUUGUCCAUGGUUGGAUGGCCUCGCCAAGGUGCAUCUCUAGCACCCUCUCGGUGCCAAGGAGUGUCUAUUGGUUUUAAAUACACCACUCGUUUUGAUUGUGAGAAAAGGCUGGGCGUGUUGCCUGGAGGAGUGGUGUGCGCCACGGAACGUCCGAACGUCAUCCCAUUCUGGGACCACGGCGCUGCUCUGCUGUGCGAUGAUCGAGAUCUGGUUGGCCUGCAAACAACUUUGGAAGGCUACAAGCACUUUGUGGCCCCACGAGCGUUUGUGCACAUGUGGGGAUUCAAAGAAUGGAUUGAGAAGAGGGGAAAUGAUAACUCCACCAAACAAUACAAUAGGGAAUGCUCACACACGGAAUUGUAA